UGCACCCGGGUAAGGAAUCUGAACGCAGCCCUUGAUAAUAUAGAAAUGUUUCUCUAACAUAUUUUAAGGUUAGAGUUAAGUUAUCUGUAUUUACGUAAAAUUAUAAGAUAAAAGAGAAACAUUUAAAAAGAAGCAGUGCAAAAUUAAUAUAUGAAAAAUGACAUCACUUCUAAAGACCAUCAGUAGUCUUCAACUUUUUCACAAAUGCUUAAAACAAAGUAUUGAUAUGCUGUCUGUUCCAAGUCGAGGUAGACGGUUAGGCAUACCUAAAUAUCGUCAUCCAGAGUGGUUACCAAAAACACAACGUGUCCUAUAUAAGGAACAGUUAACAGAAGACAACAAGGAGUUUCUUCAAGAAAUAGUUCAAGACAAAUAUGGUUUACCUCAUGUUGAACUUGGAAUGAAUCUCUCUCCUUUGAAAUUAAAUCCUGUUGAACCAAUUACAGAAUGGAAACCUGGUAUGAGACGUACUGGUGUGAUUGCCAAGAAAAUAGGAGUAUACCCAUUAUGGUUAAAGAAUGGGAAGAAGGUUACUUCAACAUUACUUCAGAUUGUCGAUAAUGAAGUAGUGAAAUAUAUACCUCCAGAGAAAUUCUACCCUGUGAUAGGUAAAAAACCAAUACAGAUUAAACACAGACUUGGAUGUCUCGUAGUAGGCGCAGAAAGUAUAAAUCCACAACUGGUCACUAAAGAAUAUAGUGGUAUAUUCAAGGAUUCGGGAGUUAUGCCGAAACGUAUACUGAGAAGAUUUAUAAUAUCUCCACAAGCAGCAUUACAACCAGGGACUCCUUUAUUCGUUUCGCACUUCAAACCAGGAGAAGUCGUAGAUAUUCGUGGAAAAACGGUAGAUCGCGGGUUCCAAGGAGUUAUGAAAAGAUGGGGCUUUCAUGGAAUGCCUGCCAGUCACGGUGUAACAAAAACUCAUCGAAGACCCGGAAAUAUCGGAUCAGGCGGCACAAAGGCUCGCGUUAUGCCUGGCACAAAGAUGCCUGGACAUAUGGGUAAUAGGUGGCGCGUUCUAAAAGGUGUACGGAUUCUACGAAUUAAUACAAAAUAUAAUGUGAUGUGGGUUCUGGGACACAAUAUACCAGGCGAAACCAACAAUUACUGUUACAUCUUUGACACGAUACUUCCUUUAAGGAAACACCAAACGACGCCUUAUUUCCCCACGUAUUUCCCAAGUACUACCCAGGAAUCACUUCCGGAGGAAAUGUAUGCAGAUGAUGUACAUAAAUUUGUAGAUCCCACAUUAGAGUUUAAAGAAGAAUCUUAAUUGUUUUGUAUAUUAUUAAAUAAAAAAUGUGUAAUUUUAAA